AUGUUCUCCAAAUCGGCUGUUGCGGUCGCUACCAUCCUAGGUGCCUCCUUGGUUGGAGCUCAUCUAGUCAUGGUCGACCCUGUUCCUUAUAACUUCGAUUCGUCUGAUAACUCUCCUCUCGAGGCAGAUGGAAGCAACUUCCCGUGCAAGAUCACGGAUGAUUACACAGUUACCGAGGAGAACUAUAUGGUGAAGGGUGAAACCCAGUCCAUGACUUUCCACGGUGGUACUACCCAUGGCGGCGGUUCUUGCCAAAUCAGUAUUACCUCGGACCGCGCGCCGAGCAACUCGACUAGAUGGAGUGUCAUUAUGUCCAUUGAAGGUGGAUGUAUGGAUGAGACCGAAAGUAGCUCCAACAUCGGAACCAGCUCCACGAUGGUGACCCCGUUUUCACCCAACUUCACCAUCCCGGACAGCAUCGAUGCGGGCGAGUAUACCAUCGCCUGGACCUGGUUCAACCGUAUCGGUGGCCGUGAAAUGUACAUGAACUGCGCCCCCAUCACUAUCACCGAGAGUAGCUCCUCGAAGAAGAGAUCGGAGUCUACUGCAGUUGAAAAGCGCACCACGGAUGAAUUCCCUCCUUUGUUCAUUGCUAACAUCAACGGCUGCAUUACCGAGGAGAUGUACGAUAUUCGUUUCCCCAACCCCGGUGACACCAUCGAGUACCUUGGACCUUCAGACCAUCUCAUUGCAACUGAUGCCGACGUGUGCUACAGUGGUUCCGCCACCUGGGGAACCGCGGGUUACAGCACCACCGGAGGCUCCAUCCCUACGGCUACAGCCUCCGGUUCUAGCCAGUCUUCCGCUACUACAGCUACUACGGCUAAAGCUACCGCAGAGGCCUCAGUCAGCACUUCGCUUACCGUGGCUGUCCCUAGCGCCACCACCGAAGUUGCCAAGGCUACCGACAUCACCCCGACCACCACAACCUCUGUUGUUUCCGUGGAGACUUCCUCGGCCGAUGAGUCCAGUACAUCUAGUUCUGAUUCUAGUUCUAGCUCCGAAGCUCUCACCGGAUCCUGCUCUGAUGAAGGGUACUGGAACUGCAUCAGUGGCACCUCUUGGCAGCGCUGUGCUGGCGGCACCUGGUCGGCCACUCAGCCGAUGCCUGCCGGUACUGAAUGCAGCGCCGGCCAAAGCGAGGAUUUGGCUAUAAAUGCUGUUUCUAUCACGUCCCGAACGCUGACCAUGAAGCAUCUCCGGGAUCACAGAAACGGUCGCCGUAGCGGCCGUUAA